AUGUUACUAAAAAGAGCGGAUGCUUUAUCAAUUUUAACUUUGCUCAUUUAUUUGGUGUUUUUGCUCUAUCGCUUAUUCAUCACGAAGGUUUAGUUGUUCCUAUAACAGAACACCUUCAAUCUAUCCAAUUAGUCAUUUCUAAUAUACAUAGCCUAAAUCCUAAAUCUUGUUUAAAUAGGCAUCUUUAGUUUUAACACUUCAAUUGAUGGGAUCAUGACAUUUUAUCUGGGCAUUAUAGGCCUUUUGAUCAAUAUAGCGAUUUUCACAAAUGCAAUAAUUUACUUCCCGUAUUUGAAUAAGAAUAUCUUCCUAAUUGUUUUUGCCAUCAACUUUAAUUCUAUAAUUUACAAUCUUUUUUUUCUGAUAUCUUUGGAAAGUAAAAUGGAAAUGGGAUACAUAGAAUUGCUCUUUAUUUUCUAGUUGCCCAUGAAUUUCAAAAUAGCAACAUACUUUUAUUCUAAAAAACAAUUACUCACAAUUGGACAGUAAUCCAAUCCUUCUCAAAUUGUCAACUUGAUUUUAGAAUUGAAAUCCAAAUUCUCCUACUCUAAGCAGCGUGUUCUCAUCGAAUCAAUAGUGAGCAAGGGCAUGAAAAAAGUGGACGUUGAACCAUCGAGACUCACAGUUCUAAACCAGGAGGAUAUUUAUGACUUUUAUAUUAGGUUGAGUUUAAAGCACUAAGAGGUAAAAAGUUCAAAUUUGUGUUUAGUUGGUUCAAGAAGACUUCAUCUCUCACUUAUCCCUCCUCCUGAAAUUGGAAUUCUACUUCUAGGCUUUCUUAUACAUAUCCAAAUGGGAACACAAAAAAGGACAAACAAUAUUGAACAAAAUCAAGUUCCUGAUAUGUGCUAGAAAGUGUAGACAGAAGUUGAAUUAUCACAUGAUGUAAAAGAACAACUUUGAUACCGAUAAAGAUUUUGAGUUGAACAUAAAGAAGUUCAUGGAUAUAGAAUCAAAAAAUCUAGAAUUAUGUAAGCGAAUUAUUUUGUUGUGUUAGAAGAAGAUAGAAUACUUUAAAGAGUUCGAUUACGAUCAAAUUGAUAAGCUCUACUCCAAAUCAAACACUUUAGUCUUGGAAUUAGAUACAUUGAAGGAGUUUGUUCAAGAUCUUUACAGACAAUAUCCGAGCAAUAGGAUGCAGAAUAUCUUGGCCUUUAUUUAUGCUGAAUUACUUAAUGAUUACUUAUCUGCUAUGAAAGUAUUUUGUUAAGCAGCCUUAUAAGAAGAUAAGGUUUAUAAAAAUGUCUCAAAUCUUAAAAUUGAUCUCUAUUCAACCAAAACUACAUAUUUGAUGGUCAAUUUAGAUAACAUGCAAAUAAUUAGGAAUUCAAGCAAUGCUUAUGAUUUCUUUUAAGUAGACUAAUUAAUUUUAGAUGAUCUAAUACCCAAUGGAAUAAAAGACUAUCAUUCGAGUAUGAUAAAAACAUUUAUCAAGACUGGAAAAUCCAAAUUCUUUAGGAAUGUUCAAGAAGGCUUGAUUGCCAAAAAAGGAUUUUGUGAAGGAGUGAAUAUUGUAACUGAAAUUUUAUUUGAGAAAAAUUAACUCAACGCGUUAAUCCUAUUGUCUAUUUAAGAUGAAAAUCAAAUAAUCAUGGUGGUUGAUAAUUAGCACAAAAUUGUAGGAUUGAGUGAAGAAUUUUUUGAAAUUGUUGGAGGAACUCCAGAUCAAAUUGAAUUAAUUUAUGGGAUCCCAGUUGAUUAUGUUAUUCCUAAAUUCAAAUUCCAUAUUGAAGACAACCAAGUUCAGUAAAUAUAACUUAGAUUCCUAACCAAACCAAAAUUAUUUGAUUUUGUCACACUACUAAUUCAUUAUAAACAAAAAAGAAAUAUAACAGAUCUUAUGGAUGGUUGUUGGCUAGAUCAAUAUAAUUUUGAUACUUACUCCACUCACUGUUGCAUUUAGAAUAACGAUGAUAAAUAUUACAUUGUUAGAUUUAAUUACUUAAAAAAUGGAACCAGAAGAGGCAGUCAAAGUGCUUCUAGAACUUUAACACAAAAGUCAUAUUUCUAAUAACAUGGCAACAACAUAAGUGAAAUAGAAAUGGAUGAACAAAUUGAAAUGCUGAUUCCCUAUGAAGAGUCAGAACCAAAAUACAUCAAUGAUAUAGUUAUACUACAAAACCCAGAUUUGCUAUUAUCUAAUAGAGAAUCACAUAACAACGAUGGUAUUGGAUUUUUAGUGGAUGAUUAAUUUAUUGGCAAAAAUACUUCAAGGCAAAAUGAAUCGUAAAGUAAAACUUAUUAACCUUUGUAAUCCCUCUAAUAACAACAAAAAUACUUCAUUGAAAAAUCUAAAAUUAAUUAAAAAUAUUCGAAAAGCAAUGAUGAUGAUUCAUAAGAUGUUUAAAUGGAAGGGUAAUCGUCCUAGGUUAGUUAAUUAAGUGGGUAGAAAAAGGCAUUUUACUAUAAAAAAUACAUUUUGAUGGAAAAGAUGUUGCAAUCCCCUAAUUCAAAUCAGAUCUAAAAAAUAUUUAUGUUUUUUGUGAUGUUACAAUUAAUAGUCUUCAUAGCUUAGGUUGCUAUUUCCUUAUCUUCAAGUUCAUCAACUUUAGAUUAUUACUUAACCAAUAUCGAUCUUCUUUAGAUCAAAUAUUAUCUAUUUCAACCAGUAGAAUCAUUUAUUGUUACUAGAUAUACAAUUAUCAAUUACAAUGCUCAAUACACAGCAAAGUCGUUAACAAAGAGUGAAUUGGAUAAAUAUCUAGAAUUUCCAAACUCAAAUUUAAAUUUAGGAUUCGAUGAUGUUUAAUAGAAUUAAGCAGCGAUCUUAAAUAGACUCACUCUAUAAGAUUUCUUAGCUUAAUAUUAUGACUUUUAUAUUUACAUUAAAACUGAUGUAGGAGAACUUUAUAAUAUCACCAUGAGAUAGUCAUUAAGUAUUCUAAUCAACUAUUAAUACACUUUCAAAGCUGCCUAUAAAUACGAUGGUAAAACUGUCUCAGAUUCACCUUAUAUAUUUUACUCUUACAGAAAUCUACUUACUCUAUAUAAUGCAUUUGAUCUUUUAAAUUAAUAAUUAUACGUUGAAAGUAAUUUGAGAAUCGAACUAGAUUUGGAUAAAGAAUUAACGUUGUUUUAUCCUUUUGUUAUUUUAAUUUUAAUUAUUGUUAGUUUGGAAAUCUUUUGGUAUCUGAAGAAUCAAGGAAGAAUUGCUUCAUUAUUAGGCUUUAUGACUUUUAAUGAAGCAUAUACAAUUCAGUAAGACAUUGAUAGAUUUACUCAUUAUGUUGAAAGCAUAUCUAAGAGUAGUGAUACAUUAUUUAAAUACCAAUUCCAAAUUGAUAAAAAGGAGAAUUAAUUGAAAUUGCAAUAAAAAUAAUUAUAGAUUGAAACUUCCAUUAAAAGAUUAUAAUACCAGAAAAAAUUGCUUUCGAAUAAGUUUGGAUUCUGCUUGAUACUUAUUUAAUUCAUUAUUCUAAUCUCCUUUUCGAUUGCUAAAUAUUAUGUUAAUCUAAAUUAUUUUACUUAAUUUAAACCAACCGCUUACUUUUAUUAAUAAAUUACGGACCUUGGAACUAAUAUUCCAACAAUUUAUGCCAUGAGGGAAGUGCUUUACUAUAGAUGGAGAUAUCCAUUUUAUAAGGACGAUGAUUUGGAGUAAAUUCUAGAACAAAUUAUAGAUUGUUUGGCUUAAGUGCAAAAUGUAACUGCAUAUUUAUAAAAUCUAUAAAUGUAUUUAUAUAAAUUCAAUUUUAGAAACUAGUAUUUAUUAAGUUCAGACUUUAGUGAUUACAUGUAAACAAUAUCCUCAACAAACAUUUGUAACUUUUUAGAUGAUAGCAUGAAAGAGAAAUCCAUGGCUUUGUGUUAGAUAACUUUAGGUGGAAGUUUUCUAAAUGGCCUAACUGGAUCUUUAAUUUAUAUAUAUACAAACAUCUAAAAUGAAAUGUAGAUUAAUAAAUUUCUAAAUAAAACUGAAAAUACUAGAAAUGAAUUAGAAGGAGCCUUUAUUAUAAGUCAAGUUAUAAAAUAAGUCAAUACUUAUAUGAAGGCUGAUCUAACAAAUUAGACCAAUAAUAUAUUAUCUAGCAUCAUAGUAAGAUUUCUAUAUUUAGUUUUAGUACUUGUGUGUCUUUGCUUUUGUCUUCGUUGUAAUAUCAAUCCUUUUUCUAUUUUAUAUCAUAAAUCCCUUUCUUAAACGACAAUAUUAUAUUGCAAAAAGAUAUCUCUAUUUAAUACCUUAAUAGACUUUGUUUCUAGAUGAUGCUUUUGAAAGAUUAGCCAGAUCCGUAAUGUAAGAUUAAGAAAUAAUGGCAUGA